AUGCUCGAAUUCUCGACCUCUCCGUCGCCAAAGAUCGCAGCUUCCCCGCCAACCCGUCGCAACCGAGAAUCUCCUCAAGUCAAACACGAGCUCGGACACAGAAGCCGGAGGGCACUUCUUUCUUCCUGCAUCGAUAUCGACGGUGCCCGUCUUGUUGCACGUCGCUCCCCACGGUAUGGCCAGCGCCCCACUCGGUCUAGUUCCUUGUACACUAAUCUAGACGUACGUAUUGUCAGUCGACUUGCCAUUCUAAUGGACCCUGACCUACCCCCGGAUGUUUCGGGCUUCCUUAUGCCCUCGAACGACCACGACCACGUUCUCCAUGACCUUGAUCUACCCUUCUCUUUCCCCGGUUACCCUUCUCAUGGAUUCGAUUGUACCACUACCGCUUCCUUUGACUUCGGAGAGACCCAUCGUCCCGACCCUGGAUGCAGUUCAUCUGGAUACGGGUUCUCAUCUGUAUAUCCUUCUCCACCUUCCCCGGCGUCGCGAGAAGCGGGGCACCUUCCCUUACCGGGCACUGGUGCCGCCCACCAGUUCGGUGGCCUACUGGACUCGCCAGUUGUCCACGUCCUGAAGGGUCCCCCCACUGCCGCAUCCAGCUCUACACCGAGUUCCAUGCCGUUGUCCCCUCCGCCGACUAUUCAAACGCCUAUCCAUUCACUGCCGCCGUCGGACCCCUACGUAUCGCCGCCGUCGCCGCUCAGGCCUCUUUUGAGGAUUGCUGAAACCGCACCGGCGACGCCGCAACAGUUGCUAUCGCCCAUCUCCCCCGAAUGGCCCAUAGGUCGCAAGCCGGCCGACGAGUUGUUUGCGGAGGGCGGGAGCAUGCUCAUGUCGGAGGGCGACUACGUCAGUGGAGACGUUUAUGGAUCGGCUGAUGAGGGACUCGUUGAAGGUUCCGCAGCAGCAAGCGUGUUGUUGGGCUGUGCAGACGUCCCAGCGUCUUCGUUUGAGGACAGCGCGACUUCCCCACUCGACGAACUGCUUUCGUUGAAGAGCGUUGCGCCAGAUACAUUUUCCAAUGAUAGUUUCCUUCCAUUGUCGCCCUCCCCCUCCCCUCCGCGCACAUGGAUGUCCCCUCCGUUGGAGCUUUCUCCACCGUUUGAUUGGGACCAGCUGGAGUAUUCUCCGCCUUGCUCACCAGCGCUGCGCUCCUUUGCAUCGCUUUCAUCCGACAGUGCAAGCGACGAGCUCGAAGAAAUCGACUGGGAGAUUGAAGCCGAGCGCAGCGUGGGCAUGUCUCCAGCGUGCCGCAUACACUUGUCCUCUCUACCGGCAUUCGAGGCCGACGAUGAUCUCGGACUAGUCGAUCCGGACACAGACAUCGACACCCCAUUUCCUGGCAGCUCUGCCGAUCCGCUGGAGUUGUCCUCCCUCCGAAACGCACUCUGCUUGAAUGUUCCGGACCAGGUACCCCCCGCCAAACCGCCUUCCAUCCUAGAUCCGUUUUCCUUCGAUGAGUUGCUGGCCUGGUUGCCUCCCCAUCUCGACCAGGACGAACUCAAAGGCCUGUACCGCGUUCGUUCCAAUGCGCAUGCGAUGCUGGAUGCAUGCUCAAUCGCCAGUAGCUCCAGCUCCCAGGCUGUGCCUGAUGGCAUCACGUGGGACCACGAGCUGCGCAAGAACGUGCCGAGGGACUCAGGCGAGCCUCGGCGCAUCCGCAAACGGGCAAAAGAGCAGGCUCGGGAAGUCGAUGCCAUGAUCGGCUUGGCUCUUGGCCUGCUUCCCGAGUCCGAGCCGCGCAAGGAGAAGAACGACGACUGCUGGAAGCGGGACAAGGCUGGGCUCGCUGGGCUGGAGAGCAUCGACCAGCUUGUUGCCCGCAUGAUUCUCCGCCGUCGGGAGCGAUGUGUGCGUGGUUUGGAGAGCCCCCGCAAGCUGGUGCACCGGCCGUCAGCCCUGUCGCUGACGACAUCUGCAAAUUCACCCAUUUCCUAA